CCCGGCCCGCCCCGCUGAGCCGCAGGUAGGGCAGCCGCCCACCCGGUGCCGUCGCGUUCGGUCCGCGGUCGGAGUCUCCGCGCUCCCGGCGCUGGCCGAUGGAUCCCGAGGCGGCGAGGGACGAGUUGUCCCGCUUGCGCGCCCUCUUCCUGGCGUGCGACGCCAGCGGCUCGGGCCGCAUCGAGCGGGAGGACUUCGCUGCUCUCUGCGCCGAGCUGCGGGUACAGCCGGCCGAGGCCGAGGCCAUCUUCCAGCGCCUCGACAGCGACCGCGACGGGGCCAUCACCUUCCCGGAGUUCGCCCGAGGCUUCCGCGGCGCCACGCGGCCGCAGCCCGCUGGCAGCGAGCCGGGGGGCGAGGACAUGGAGGAGGAAGAGGCGUCAGCGGUUUGGGUCGCCGCGGGGCUGGAACAGCCCUGGAAGGACUUCGAGGUGCGGCUCGGGGACGAGGCGAGGUACAUCCCCAGACAAGAGCAGGUCAGUGUUCUGUAUCAGAACAUACACAUAGCAGAACCAAGAUUAGUCCAGCCAUAUGAGCAUGUCAUUAAGAGCUUCAUCCAAGAGAUCAAACUUCAAAGCACAGAGAUGGAAACUCUGGCCAUAGCGGUAAAAAGAGCUCAGGACAAAGCAGCAGUUCAACUCAGUGAGUUAGAGGAAGAGAUGGAACUACGGAUACAGGCUGCCGAGCAUAAAGUUAAAAAGGAAGAGAAGCAGAAAGCUGAAGAAGCACUAAAUGAGCUGAAGCGCCAGUAUGACGCUGAAGUUGGGGAUCUUCAGGUGACAAUAAAAAAACUUAAAAAGCUGGAGGAGCAAUCCAAGUAUGUUAAUCACCGGGAAGAUGUAGCUGAACUGAAGAAAAGAAUACAUGAUAUGUUGCUGGAAAAUCAGAGACUUAAGAAAGAUCUCUUAGAAGCACAGACAAAUAUAGCUUUUCUACAGAGUGAAUUAGAUACCUUGAAAAGCGAGUAUGCAGAUCAGUCUUUGAACACUGAGAGGGAUCUAGAAAUUAUCCGAGAGUAUACUGAAGACAGAGAUAAUCUGGAAAGACAAAUUGAAAUACUUCAAUCAGCUAAUAGAAAACUACAUGAUAGCAACGAUGGUUUAAGAACUGCACUUGAAAACAGUUUCAGCAAGUACAACAGAUCAUUGCGGUUAGCAAAUACCUCACCAGGAAGUACCAUUUCUAGAAGCAGUCCUAAAUUUAAUGGUGAACAUUCUCCUUUAAACCCACGAUAUGACAGGUCAUCUCAUUCAUCUUGUGUUGAUGAAGAUUAUGAUUCUUUAGCCCUUUGUGAUCCAAUGCAAAGGAUAAACUGUGAAGUUGACAGCUUACCUGAGAGCUGUUUUGACAGUGGUUUGUCUACCCUGAGAGAUUCAAAUGAGUAUGAUUCAGAAGUGGAAUAUAGGCAUCAAAGGAUUUUUCAAAGGUCACGAUGUAUGCAAGAAGGCUUUGGUGGUGAUGCCUCUGAUACAGAUGUUCCUGAGAUCAGAGAUGAAGAAGUAUACAGUCCUGCUAACAGCACUGCAGUUUUAGACUGGAAGCCCUCACGACCAGUUAGUCGAAGCAGCUCAGUUGCUUCAACGAGGAGAUACAUAUCUGCUCUCACCCCUCAGUCAGAUGCAACUGAAUGCACUCCAAAAUACCCCAGUACAGAGAAGGCUUACAAGAUUGUUCUUGCUGGAGAUGCAGCCGUGGGAAAAUCCAGUUUUCUUAUGAGACUUUGCAAGAAUGAAUUUCAAGGCAAUACCAGUGCAACUCUGGGUGUGGAUUUUCAAAUGAAAAGACUAAUUGUUGAUGGAGAACCUACAGUGUUACAGCUGUGGGACACGGCUGGGCAAGAGAGAUUUCGAAGUAUUGCUAAAUCAUACUUCAGAAGAGCAGAUGGUGUCUUACUACUGUACGAUGUAACAUGUGAAAAAAGCUUUAUUAAUGUGAGAGAAUGGGUGGAUAUGAUUGAGGAUGCUACUCACGAGAAUAUUCCAAUUAUGAUGGUGGGAAACAAGGCAGAUCUCCGUCAAGAUGUCACAGAACAAGGGCAAAAGUGUGUGCCUAUAAACUAUGGAGAAAAGCUAGCUAUGACUUACAAUGCAUUGUUCUGUGAAACAAGUGCUAAAGAUGGAUCUAAUAUUGUAGAAGCAGUUCUUCAUCUUGCUCGCGAGGUGCGAAAACGAAGUGAUAAUCGAGAUGAUACAAGAUCAGUAACCAGCCUGGCUGGGACACCUGUCAAAAAGUCGGCACUCAUGAAAAACUGUUGUAAUGUUUAAAUGACAGAUAAUUUUCCUUAACUAAAUAACUUGUAUAUUUUAAAAAACCCAAGCCAACAACCAAACCAAAAUAUUUCAGUAGUGUUUCCUUUUUUUUAUGGAUUUAUAAAUUUGUAUAUUUAGAAGCUACACAUAAUGUUAAAAAUCAAGACUCUACUUUCUACUCUUUCAAAUUUGUGAAAUUGCUACACUCAUAGACUCUUUUUUGACUUUUUAAAAGUAAUAUAAUUCAUUGCAAUGAGCUCAGAAUCAAUGCUACAGUGGUCACUGUGUACAAUAUUGUAAUGUAUAUUAUUGGCUCUACCUGCAUGUUUCUUUAUGGCAUUCAUUUUUCUUAAAUACAGAAUGUGGUAAUAUCCAAUAUCACUCACAGGUAAAGAAAAAAUUACAGCUUCAGUUAAUUUAAUUUCUUUUUGAUCAUGUCUGCUUAUCUAGUUUUUGACAGCCUUAAAUGUUGCUUAAACAUUUCUUAAGAAAACUCCAAACCAUUAAGGGUUGUCUAGGUCCAAGUAAUCCCUAAGUUUAGGGGAACCAGAAUGGUCUUUGUCAGGAGAAGACAGUGGCAGGUGAUGGUGUUCUGUUGUAGUUCCUCAAAAGUUGGCUAGUUAGAAUGUAUUUAAUUUUGAGUUUUGGGGUUUGACUAAGUGAGAAGUAGACUUUAUAACUGAUCCUACACAGCUAAGAGGUGAAAGAAACAUUUUUCUGGACUAUUACAAUUCAAAAUUCCAGAGAGAAUGUAACACCUGUGAUAUGUUGGAUUGCUGAAAUGAGUUAUGAUCCAAUAUCUUAUCUGCCUGUUUAAGCUAGAUCAUUAUUGUUACCAAAGAGUGAUACAAGUUGUAAUUUUUCCUUUGCUUUUUCAAAUAUCUUCUAUUCAGUCAGUAAUUGAAGGAUUGUAAUAGUACAUAGGAGUAUGAUUUAAUAAAUACUUUAAUGCAUUUUUUAUAAGUUUCAAAUCAGCAGAUGAAAGAAUUGCUGCACAUGCACAAGCAUUUGUAUAAAUUUUUCUGUAAAAGAGAACCCUGGAAUGAACAGCAGUCACUUUAAUGAGAGUUCCUUCGACUGAUUUUAGAAAAUUUCUGGAAAACUUACCAGGGGGUGGUAGCUUUAGGUGUCAGCAUCUCUAAACACUGAAUUUUGCUUAAAAUAGUUCCCAAGAGUUCCAUAAUGUAAUAAAAAAUUAUGGGCAUUUAUACAGUUAGUGGUCCAAAUCCAGUUUUUCUUUCACUGAUUUUGAUCAGAAUAGGAUGGGACCUUUUCAGAGCCAGAAAACUGUUGUCUCCCCUGUUUCCAUUAAUAAAACAUCUCCAGGCUGAAGCCUAGUUCAGUAAAUCAAACCUGGAUAAAGUUUUAUCAACUGAUGGAAAAACCGUAUGACUAGCAGCUGUUUGCUGCAUUUUGUCAGCACUGUGUCAACACUGUAUGGCCUAUACUGUUAUCUCUUGUAUAAAAUGUGGGGAUGUGAGAAACAGGAUGGUUCAUAAUUUACAAAUAAUAAAAAGGUUUCAGCUAGGAAUAGAAUUAUUUUUAGGCAUCCUUUCAAAUCUGUAAUCAGAGCAGCUAAUCCUUGGGUAAUUAUCAGAGAAUUUUUUACCAAGAGAGAGAAAUCUAAUGCCAGAAUGAAUAAGACAUUUUAUUUCCCUGUAUAAUAGUUCAGCCCUAGAAGACAAAACAUGUUUGGUGAGGACUUUUUGAAGUACUAGCAGAACCUUCACAUGCUACCUAAUUCCAUGCAGGAAAUUUCAGGAUUGUAGCGUCUUCCCACACAGCAGUACAGGAUACCUCACUGUAGUUCUGAGACUUAUCUGAAGCAUGUGGCAGAGAAUGCAGGACACACAAAGUGUAUCAGGAACAUGCCUAAUCACAUACAUAUUGUUUGCUGUUAACCAUACAUUUUUUAAAUAAAAAUACAGCUUCAGUUAAGUUCUUUGAGGAGACUAGCCAAAUUUAACUGACUGCUUUGAUGACGGCCUCUUCUGUGUUCUUUGUGUGAACCCUUCCCUUUGUCCAUAUGAAAGAAAUGGAAGUGAAAUUAAUUUGGGAAGUGUUUGCAGUAGGGAGAAUAGAGGAAGAUGAUACAGUACUUGGUUUGUGAAGUG